AACUUCUCGCAAGUACCAGUGUCUGCUAACAAUUUUCGCCCAUCAAACGACACAGAUAACGAACAAAGAUGUCAGAAAGUUCUUAUUUCUGGUGGCAAACCCUUCCGGACAUGUGGGAGAUGAUAUCACUAGAACUCCAACUCAAAAUGCACCAAAACCAGAGGAAAAAUGGCCCCAAAGGCACAGCGCCUAGCUACUGGGAGCUGGAGCUGGAAAAACGCAAGCAGGAGCUCGACAUGAAGAUUUGUCGGCGUGGAACAGGACGAGUAUUUGCCGCGGGCAUGGAGCAAACGAGGGUUGCAUUUAGACCUGAUCAGAGACAUAUACAACGUACCGGCCUAAGAUUCAGCGAGAGAACGUCACGGACAAUCACGCCGUUGUCGCUGGCGUCACGGUACCCCAGAACAACAGGGAAGACAUUCAGGACUGGCACGAAGAAGGAUACAAAGAUGCCGGUCGACGGACAGUGCGCCGCAUGCUGCGAAUCACAUAGGCACGACAUGGUGCUGCUACCUUGCGGACACGAGUACUGCAAACACUGCAUCGACCAGAUUUUCCGGGUCGCAAUCUCGGACCCGACGCAUUUCCCUCCGCGCUGCUGCACACAAAUCAUCCCAAGGGUCACGGUGAGCCGGAUCCUGCCCGCGGAAACCCUGAGCGCAUUCGAGCAGAAGCAGACGAAGCUGAACACGCCAAAUUGCACUUACUGCCACGAGCCGAGUUGUGGCGCCUUCAUCCCUCCGCAAAAAGGCUCUUCCUCCUACACUAGCGAUGUCGCUGAGUAUACGGCCUGCGGCAGGAGUACGUGCACAACCUGCAAGGCAUCGGCGCAUGUUGGCGACUGCCCGAAGGACACUUCGCUGCAGCAGUUACUGCACGCGGCAAAGGAGAACCAAUGGCAACGUUGCUAUAAGUGUAGGCGGCUUGUGCAGCUUGCAUAUGGAUGCCUUCAUAUAACAUGUCUCUGCGGCGCGCAUUUCUGCUACCUUUGCGGACAUGUCUGGAAUACGUGCGAUUGUGAUUUAGGCGGCCAGCAUCGCUUGCUCGAUUGAUAAUUAGAGCUGUGGAGGUUUUGGGCCGGAAGCCUUUGGACAAGGACACGGGCCGCAGGACUUUGCAGGGUAGUUUUUGUUGGGUUUUCAAGGCAACAAGCUUGCGAUGAAAGGACCACUGUGUUCUGAUCCAGC